UCUCCCCAAUAAAUAUUCAAAGGAAAGCGCAAAUUUGCUAAUCCAAUUUGCAAGUUCUGCUUCUUAGUGGCUACCCAAUAACUUCUCUUCAUUAUACUAAAAUUGUACUUCCUAUUGAAGUGGGUUUAAGUUCAAACGUAAACUUAAUUUAUAUUUUGACUUUGGAAACCAGAAAUUACCCUCUACUUUUUCAUUUUGAGGGACCCGUUUCAUAACUCUGCCAUUUUACUUUGUUUUCGUGGGAUCUUACGAGGGCAAAACAAAAAGGGAAAAUGGCUGAGGGUAAACCCAAUACACCCCUGAUCGCACCACUAGCAACCGCUUCUUCAGCCUCGCCUUCGAGAUCGCUACCGGAUUUUAAGCAAUCAGUGAGGUUAAAGUAUGUAAAGCUUGGUUACCAUUACCUUAUUACUCAUGCAAUGUACCUAUUUUGUAUUCCUUUAGUAGCAUCUGUUGCUGCUCAGCUUUCAACAUUUUCACUACAAGACAUUCAUUUGCUUUGGGAACAUCUUCAAUAUAAUCUUAUUUCUGUGAUCAUAUGUUCAACCCUCAUUGUAUUCUUGUCUACUUUGUACUUUAUGACUCGUCCUCGCCCUGUUUACCUUGUUGAUUAUUCUUGCUAUAAGCCAAAUGAUAGCGUAAAAUGUCCUCGACCCUAUUUCAUGGAAAAAUCUGAGAUGACGGGUGUGUUUUCUGAACAAACUCUUGGUUUUCAAAGGAAAAUCCUUGAGAGAUCGGGCCUUGGGGAGGACACUUACCUCCCCGAGUCCCUUCAUAAUUCACCUCCUAAUCCAUCUAUGGCGUUUGCUCGUAAAGAAGCUGAGGAGGUGAUGUUUGGUGCUAUUGAUGAGCUUAUAGCUAAGACUGGUGUGAAACCCAAGGACAUUGGGAUUUUGGUUGUUAAUUGUAGCUUGUUUAACCCUACUCCUUCGCUGUCGGCCAUGAUUGUUAACCAUUAUAAGCUUCGAGGGAACAUUGUGAGUUACAAUUUAGGUGGGAUGGGAUGUAGUGCAGGGGUAAUUUCGAUUGAUCUUGCUAAGCAACUUCUUCAAGUUCACUCGAACUCCUAUGCUUUGGUUGUUAGUACCGAAAACAUUACUUUGAAUUGGUACUUUGGUAACGAACGUUCAAUGCUUCUUCCUAAUUGUUUAUUUAGAAUGGGUGCAGCUGCUAUACUCCUUUCUAACAAGGGAUCUGUUAAGAGAAGGUCGAAAUAUCAAUUGGUUCACAGUGUUAGGACCCACAAAGGUUCAGACGACAAGUGUUUUUCUUGUGUUUACCAACAAGAAGAUCCAAGUGGGAAAAUCGGUGUCUCUCUUUCAAAAGAAUUGAUGGCAGUUGCAGGUGAUGCAUUAAAAACCAACAUUACGACUUUAGGGCCUCUUGUCCUUCCAAUGUCCGAGCAGUUUCUAUUCAUGGCUACUUUGAUUGGGAAGAAGCUCUUUAAGAUGAAGAUCAAGCCUUACAUUCCCGAUUUCAAGUUAGCGUUUGAGCACUUUUGCAUUCAUGCAGGAGGCAGAGCGGUUCUUGAUGAGUUGGAAAAGAACUUGCAACUAAGCGAGUGGCACAUGGAGCCUUCAAGGAUGACAUUAUAUAGGUUUGGUAACACCUCUAGUAGUUCUCUUUGGUAUGAAUUGGCUUACUUGGAAGCCAAAGGGAGGAUAAGCAAGGGAGACCGAUUAUGGCAAAUUGCGUUUGGGUCUGGGUUCAAGUGCAACAGCUUAGUUUGGAAAUCCUUACGAACUAUCAACCCUGCUAAGGAGAAGAAUCCAUGGAUGGAUGAGAUCCAUAAGUUCCCUGUUAAUGUUCCUUUGGUUUCUCCAUUUUAAAACUUGUUUUACAUUCGUUUUAUAUAUAUAUAUAUAU